UUUUAGAAAACCAACCCACAGCAGCAUCUCAUUAUUCCAUCGAUAUCGUUACUGGCACCACUUGUAAAGUACUAGUACCACCAUGAAGCUCUUUACCCUCGCGAUCGCUCUGAACCUGGCUGCUGCGCCUGCAGCCUCGGCCUUUCAAGUUGGUGGCGUCCAUGCGCAGCGCUCAUCGGCAACGUCUCUGGACAUGUCGUCUCAUCACAUUGUUUCGGAUGCCAACGAAAUGGGAGAAAAGCGCAACGAAGACAUUCUGAACGCCCUUGGAUACAUGGAAGGUCCUAGUGUUAGCUACGGUCACUUUGCGGCUUUGGAGAACAAGAAACCAACGGACAUUAAGGAAUACGACAACUUUGAUGCCUUCAAGCAAGCCAUUGACCAGGCUGACUGCACCAAGCUCCUCAUGGGGAAUGGCCCGUUUACACUGUUCGCUCCUACCAAUAGUGCUAUUGAGAAGUUUGAUGGUGUUUUAACAGAGGAGGUGAUCAAAACGCACAUUUUGCCCCAGGAUCUUUUUUCCGACGAGCUGGUGGGAACUUUCGAAACCCUCAGUGGCCACAAGCUGACUUGUCGGUACGAAUUCCGCAAGACUUAUGUGGAUGAGGCCCUGGUUGGCCAGCUCGAUAACCACUCUGGUGGGACACCCUACCCUACCAACGUCAUGUGUAACAACGGGGUCAUUCACGCCAUCAACACAAUUCUCACACCUGGUUGGAGCCGAAGCACAGGCGACUCCCAGGGGGUUCAGGGCCUUGCCCUUCAAUCCCAUUUAAACCAGAAAGUUCUCAAAGACAGAGGCUCACUCCCCGAUGAGGCCACCGAAAAACACUAAAUUAGAGCAGCAUAGGAAGUUCAAAUCUUUGAAGCUGCUUGUCGCAGAUGUUAAGCAGGCAGCUUACUAGUACAGUACUAUGAAUUUUU